AAGCACAGAACAUGGGCAUCCAAGACUUUACAGCUCUUUUUAACAACUUGGACACAGCAUGUAAGGGUUUUGUGACAACAGAGCAGAUACUGGAUUUUCACCAAUCCAUUUAUUUUGCUCCCGUGGCUGUGGAACAUGUUGAUGGAGCCAUACAGAGGGUGUGUGGAACACCGGGUACUGUUGACAGAUCACAUUUCAUUGAGGUGUUGGAAGAACUACAACGUCGACAGUCUAUAGAAGAACAAUCAUAUUGGGACUUCCAGGCAUUGGAUUACAAUGGAACAAACAGAAUUUGUCUUAAAGAUGCCCUGCUACUGUUUCGAGAAUUCCACCAAGAAAGGUUUUCUAUGUACACUUGGCACCAGUUUCUGGAUUCCAGAGCGGCCCCCGGUGCUGAUGUUUACUUUGAUGAGAUUCGGUUCUGGUUGUGUGAUUAUCCGCAGGGUGAACCAGCCACACUGGAACAGAUUACCAAAGAAGAGGCUCGAUUAGAACGGAUCCAAGGUCAACACGACCUAGAUGGCUACAAUGCAUAUAAAAUAUUGCAGGAUGAUGGAACUGAAUUCCAAGAAUACCAGGAUGAGAUGCAGCAUCACAUGAAAAGGAGGAUGAACAAGUGGAAGAAGCAGGGAUUAGAAGCCAUGUUGUUUGAUGAUGGUUUGGAGGUGGAAGAUCUGGAAUCCCAGGAUGCAUCAAAAGAUCAUGUGACCAUAAAUGACAUUAUGGAUGAUAUGGAGACUAAAUAUGAACUUCUAAGGGAGAAGCUAUUAUUGGAAAUGGCUCGUCUUUCCUCUGCUGUUGAAGGGGAUCAGUCUGAAAUCUACCAAGAACUCUGUAAAAAGGAAAGACAACUCCGUCGAUCAGGAGCCCUUGAAAGUGAGGUUCACAGCCUAUCAGGGUCCAGGAUUCCACUGCCCCACACCCUGCUAGGAAUUAUGGGAAAUGUCAGAACUGUUGAUAAAAAGCAGAAGGAAGAAGCAGAAAGACGCAUCAAAGAACUGGAGAUGCAGGGCCGCUUCCGUGAUGAGAUUGGGAAAAUUAUCAUAUCUGAAUACAUGGACUCCCUGGAUGGUGAUUCUACCUGUGGAGCUGCUUUGGUGAAAAUCAACACCAGAUAUCAUGAUGAGAAAGAAGCAGUAUUGUCAAUAAUCAAGGACAAUGGAGGUCAGAUAAAGAUAAUCACCAUGGAAGCCAACAAGUUGUCAAGGCAACAUCUACUGAUCACAGAGGAAGCUGAAUUCCAGCCAUGUGCCCUGGCAGUAGGAUUGGCCGAAAGACCCCAAGGCUACAAGUCCAGCAGGCUUACAGACUGGGACAGACUUCGCAGUGAGAACCUGGCUAAACUGAGAUUACAGGCCAAGAAAGGUAGAAAACAAAUCAAAUCACCCCAGAACUAUUGUGACCUUGACCAUAUGGAGGAAAUGGGAGUGGUGGAUCUGCAGAAAAAGCUGGUGGUGGAGCUUGUUGAAAAACACAAAUAUGAGAGAGAGGCUGCCAUACAAAUGUUACAAGGCCGAGACAGCGAGAACAGUAAAGCUGUGGCUAAAUCAAUAACUGCCGGAGAGAGGAAUAAACUACUGAAGACUCUACGUAACAGACACACAAACUGGAAAAACAGCAAGUCUGACAACAGUGAAGUCUUACAUGGCAUACUCCAGGAAGGCAUGGGCCUGUACUAUGAGAAUAGAAAAGUAGAGUUACAGGAAACGCAGGCCAAGGUAUCGGAGGACGACACUAACGAGGCGGUCCUGUCCGACCUACAACAGAGGCAGGAAGGGGAAUUCCAGACCGUCAUGGAGGAUAUCUCUCACAAGACUAAAGAUGAACUUACAAAAGUGAUAUUCACCACCAACAGACAGAGGAUUGAGGAGCACUUUGAUAAUGUGGCCUUUGUGGUCCUCGGAACCAUAGAGAUCAGUGAGGGUGACAAGGAAUACAUCAAGGCCCUCGAGGAGAAAUAUGAUGCCCUCAGGGACAAGGUCCUCCUCAUGGGCCUCAGGGAUGAAAUGAAGGGAGAAUGGAGGAGAAUGACAGAAAAAGAGAGGAGGAAGGAGCUAAAAGACAGAAGGAAACAGGAAAAGAGGCUAAGAGGAACAGGAAGUGUGGCAGAGAUGGGGGAUCUGAUAGGACUCAAACAUAAAGCUAAGAUGUUGCCUACCCUAAGAAAGCUCAUGGGAGAAGAAAGAGGUGAAUUUGAAGUCAGGUUCAUGAAACAAAAGGCAACAGGACAGGUCCAUGAUGAGAUAAGUAAGGGAAGUUUUGAACCAGUAAAUGUCCUGGCUGACUUGAUUCCUCGCUAUGAUGAAGAGCUGGAUGCCCUGGUCAUGUGGUUAAACAGUCCCCAGACAAAAUCACUGAACAUCAAACAACAACGAAUCAAAAUGCUUCAGUUGAAGCUCGAAUCCUGUGCAGCUGAAAUGGAGGAAGAUUUUGAGGUGGCAGCCAUGUUUGUUGGCUUGCUCGAGAGGGUUUUAGCCAGUCUUCAUGGAAGACAUGCCACAGACAAUGUCCGACAGAGAGAUCUGGCCAAGAGGAGAACACAGCUGAGGGGUCAGAGAUUACAGCAGAACGAGGGAUACGAGAAAAGGUUGAUUACGGCCCAUGAUCCUCCUCACGGAGAUACAACAGGAUGGCAGUUGUCCUACCUCAGGGAGGUGUUAGUGCGUCAUGAAGAGGAGAGGGAGAAUUUAUUGCACUUCUUACAGGACGACAGCAUGGAGGAUCUGAAGGAGGCAGCAGCCAUGAUGACUGAACAGGAGUCCAAGUCACGUCUGGCUGAACUUCACGCCAAGCGCAGACGGCUGGAUCUAUCAAAUGAAGAUGAUCAAGAGGAACACACCUCAAUUUUGGAGGAAGCUGUAGCUAUAAGAGCCAUUUGUAAGAAGAGAGAGAUCCAAGCGGAGACGAGAAGGGAGCCCAGUAAGGAUGACAUUAUCAUCGCUAUACUGAAGGAGCUUCAGGAGGAGCAGGAUAAGGAGAUCGCUGGCAUCCUGGAAAACAUCGUGGAUCUGAAAGAAGAUGAAUUACAAGACUUGAGAACUGAGGAGAAGAACAAGAGAGCAAAUAAAACUGUUCCCAAUGUGUUCAUUGUGCUGACCCAAAGUGAAAGUAAAACUCACGAACAGGAACUUAUCAAGGCACUUCAAAAGAAAUAUGAAAGUGUUCAGACAAAAAUCUUGGUAGACUGCCUCGUUCACAAGCAUGGUGAGGCAGUCUGGGUCAAAAUGGGGGACAAGGAGAAACAGAGUCAUAUUCAAGUACUGACCGAGAAAGUGGAGAGCCUCAGGAAGGAGGGAAAUAAUGUAGGUUUGAUUGAGGUUCUGGAAGGUUUCCAUCUGGACAAGACACUGAUCAGCAUUAUUGGCAUUCCUAGAUUUCAUUUCCUAGAACUUGCAAGACACACAGAAGAGGACCUUAUUUCAGAACCAGCUGAGGAAGAACAGAUUAUGAAGAAUCCACUUCUGAAUUUAUGGCUGAGGUUUGAAUCUGAGAAGAAGAAUCUACUUCAGAAACUGAAAGGAUUACAGGAAGAAUAUAUGAGUGAAAGGGAACAGCAAAUUUGUAUUGUGCGAAUUGCCAGGGAAACGUUACUCUGUAGUCAUGAUCACAGAUUCUCAAUCUCAGCAACACUUGUUGGAGUGGCUGAAAGGCAGAUGGUGGAUGGAAAACCUAGAAUGGUUGGAGACAAGGCUAGAUAUGAAAGACUUGCCAAACACAGACUAACAACUGCAAACAAGAAGAUCACAUCUAAAGAUCAAGUCAUAAGGGAUCAAAACCUUGUCACUCAAAUGAAUGCAGUCAUUGAAUUCCUGGAGUUCAAGCAUCAGACUGAACAAGAUCAGUUCAAGCUUCUUAUUGAGAUGUCUGUUGAUCAGAAAUUCCAUCAGGAGGUCAUGAUGAUGUCACAGCAACAGAGGAAGGACCAGCUGUCUAGGCUUCAGUCAAAACGAGAGUCACUUCCUAUAGAGAAGCAAAAAGAGCAUGAUGGUAUUCUGUACAAGGGUAUGGUGAUUAAAUGUGAGCUUUGUCGCCAGAGGAUGAGCAGUGAUCAGAAGGCAGAAGCCACUGAUAAGGAUAUUCAUGAAGCCCUGAUGGCAGAAUUAUUUCUCACACAAAACAGGGAAGCUGAGAGACUGCUGCAGGAAUUCAUGUCAAAGGAAAAUGAGGAGUUACAAAAGAUGCAGUUAGCACAGAUAAAUGAUCGCAAACAGAAUAGCAGAGAAAAUGUGGCAUACGUAGUUUUCUCCCCUGAAAUGUGCCUAGAGGUCAGCACUGAUACUGAUUUAAUGGAGGCCCUGGAAGGGAAAUAUGACGCACUGAGAGAUAAAUUACUGGCAGAGGCUCUUAUCAAGCAGCUUGGUGAAUCUGAAUGGCAAAGAUUGUCUGAUUUGGAGAGACAAAAGAAGAUGAUGGAGCUUAAACUGAAAGAGAGGCAACUUAGAAGAGAGGGGAAAUUUGAUGAAAUCUCCCAGAUUUUAGGAGAUGCCCUGGAAAAUCAGGAGACAUUGAAACGUCUGAUGGGAGAAAACAAAGAGGAGCAGCAGAGGAAACUCAGAGAGAGGCUGGAGAGGAAGAAAAAGAGGCUGGCUCAAGGAAUGUCUGAGGAGGAAUGUGAGGAGCUAGAGAGGAAGGAAAUAGAAGAGGAAGAGGAGGAAGAGAGGAAACAAAGGAGGAACAUCCUCCUGGAUCUGGAACAUCGGUUUGAAAAGGAAAAAGAAGAAUUGUUAAGGCAGAUUGGUCAAGGAGAUGACAGACUUGCAAAAGAGAAAGCCAGACAACUGCAGCUGUUGAAAUUAAAGCGAGAGGAACGCAAGGCUCGGAAUGAGGACAAGUUUGAUUCAGCAGCUCUAGUGUUAGGGUUAGCAGAGGAAAACAAGAAAAAGCAACAAGAAGCCACAGAAGAGGAGAAAUUAAGACAGCAAAGACUAGCCAAGGAGAGGAUCGAGGCAGCACGACGGAGACGCAGGGAGGGAAAAACAACUCCGGAGGAGGCGAUCAACCAUGAAACGGAUGAUAGGGUGGAGUUACAGGAAUCACUGAACAUGGCUGUCGACAGACGGCACAGACAUGAGAGGGAGCUUCUGAUACAGUUGUUAGAUGAAGCUUCAACCAACGAAAUGAAGCAGAAAGCUGAGGGCAUGACUGAGGAAGAGAGACAGGACAAGUUGUAUGAGCUGGCAGAACUGCGUAAACACUGGAGACAGUCAGAGAAUAGGGAUCCUGCGGAACAGAUGAAGAUUCUGCAAGAGGCAGCAUGUUAUUUGAUCCAAUCAGAAUUUCAUAAACAGCAAGAGGAGGGGCUUACUAAGAGUGAAGAGGAGGUCAAAGUUUACAUCCUGUCUAACCUUCAGAUGUGGCAAGAUGCAGAGGCAUCCAUGAUUUUAUCUAAUCUAGAAGAGAAGGAUAUUGGAACACUACAGCAAAUGGUAAAAAUGCAAUCAAUGGUGGAAGAAGAGGGUCUCCAUGACAAUGUGUCACAUGUCCUGCUAAACCAAUCAAAGGGAGACAAAUCUGAAGAUGGAGAGGAGGAAUUGCUACAGGCAUUAGAGCAGAAAUACGAUGCCCUGAAGGAUAAACUCAUAGAAGCAGCAUUGAAAGAAGAAAUGGGUGAGGAUGAAUGGAACAAACUGUCUGACAGCGAGAAACAGAGAAAGAUCGUGGAACUAAAAAUGAAGGAGAGGAAACUUCGACAGGAAGGCAAUGUAGAGGAAGCUGCAGCCAUCUUUGAAAAAGUUCUGGAAAAUGAUGAAUUGUUGGACCAGAUUCUUGGACCAGAAGAUGAAAAGGAUGUAGAGAAGAGGAGAGAGGAGCUGAUUAGACAGAGGGAGGAACAGGGACUGCCUACAGAUGAGGAGUCCAUCAACAAGAUCCUCGAGGAGCAGAAAAAGGAGCACGGAAAACAGAGGAGAAUUAAUGUGUUGGAGAACUUGAACAUUAUGUUGGAAGAUGAGAAGGCUAAACUCCUGAAAGCCCUGAGGAGCCAGCACAAUAGAAUAGAUCAAGAGAGAGAAAGACAGCUUGCCAUAGCUCGUCUACAACAUGAACGAAGGAAACUGGCUCGAGAAGAGAAGUUUGAAUCGGCAGCCAUCAUCGUCAGUCAGGCUAGAGAACGGGAGGAGAAACACAAACAGAGCAUUAAAGAACAAAGGGAGAGAAGUAAGGCUUUAGCCAAAGAGAGGCUGGAGGCCAGAAAGAGGAAACAACAACAGAAAAAAGAGGAGGUCAGUGAGGAGCAGAGGUUGAGGGCAGAGGAUGAGAUGGAACAACUUGAGGACAUGGUCCAACCAAAUUCUCAAGAGAGGUCAGCUGUGCAAACAGCUAUCUUGGAAACACUAGAUCAGCGACAAAUGGAGGAGAGAAAUGUUUUAAUGGAUAUCAUUCAGACAUCCAGAAAUAGUGCUGGCAUCAUUAGGGAGGCCAAGAAGAUGACAACACAGGAAAUGAAAACCCAGCUACUGAAACUUGAGAAAGAUGAGAGAAACUGGAAGCAGAACUCGAUGUCUGCUGCCCUGCAUGUUGAUGAAGGGAAAAUGUCCAAGGCAGAAAAAGGCAAGAUGUUCAAGGAAAUAGCACAGAGAAGGAAUGAGCAUCAGGCCAUUUUGGUAGAGGCCAUGGUCUAUAAACUUCUGUUGGAGGAGCAAUCACACAAGGCCCAGAAUCCAGACAUGUCUGACGAGGAGAGAGCAGAAGACAUGAGUGUUGCAUUGCUGGCUGACCUUCAAGAAAAACAGACAACAGAAAAUUCAACUGUUCAGAAUCUCUUGCAUGAUAUGGAAGACAAAGACCUACAGGAAGUUAAGCGGGUUCAGCGUAUAGCUAAACGUGAGGGAUGGUUCGACAGCCUAACAGGGAUGUUGUUCCAGUUAUCAGGGGCGGAUCUGGCAGGAGAGGAGGUUAGUCUAGAAGUUCUGGACAAAACAAUGGAGGACAUUGAGGAGAAUAUGAGGAAAGAAAGAGAGGAGCUUAUUGCUGAGGCCAAAGCUGAAAAUGCUACAGAGGAGGACCUACAGGAGGCCCUGAAACAACUGGAGCACGAACAGGAACGAAAGCGGAAGGUAAUGACAGCUGAUAUGGAGCAGCAGAGGAAGAAAUUGAUGGAGAAGGUGGCGGCUCGUAAACGUCAGACAGAGGAGAAAGAGAGCGAGGAGAUCAAGGCGGCUCAACUCAUACUGCUCUCCGAGAGCCGCCAGAAAAAACAGAAAGAGACAACAGAGAAAGAACGAAGUCAGCAGAGCUCAGAGCUGCAAAAGAGACUGGAGGCCAGAAGACAAGCACGAAAGAAGGCAACAGAGGAUCAGGAUGAGAACAGAAGGUCACUGACCGAUGAAGAGAGGUUCUCAGGAUCGAGUGAUGGUUCUAGACCUAAUACAAUGGACAGUAAUCCAUUUGCUUCAAUGAAGCGAGAGAAGACAGCCCUGGAUGUGACUGUGUCAGACAAGGAGAAGCAUGACACAUACACCAAACUGAUGAGAGAACAGACAGCUGUGAUGCAACAUAAGCAGGAGAGUCAGCGUAAACAGGAGGAAAUGCUGAAAAGAAGGCUUGCAGAAAGACAAAGCAAAAAACAAGCAGAAGUCCAGAGCCUUCUCAACCUGGGGGAACGUCAGAAAACCAGUCUACUUGCCGCCAAACAGGAUGAAAAGGACAAACAAUUAGAGAGAAUGAAAGAAAGAAUCAAGCGAGAGCGUUCUCGAAGCCCAGGCAAAAAGAAGCAGGCUGCAAUAGAAGAGGAAACAGAGGAAGAAACGUAUUAGGUGAUCUU